AUCACUCUCUGGUUGCUCUGCCCAGCUGUGAUUUACGGAGGUAAAGUUCUUGUCUUCCCAUUGGACGGGAGCCACUGGGUGAACAUGAAAGUCAUCAUUGAGGAACUCCAUGCAAGGGGCCACCAAGUAACGGUUGUGAGAUCAAGAGACAGCUGGUACAUCAAGGAAACCUCCCCAUUGUAUACUUCAAUUACACUCGAAUCAGAUUCUGGAUUUGGUGAAGACUUUGCAAAAACCUUCGUGGUCCAGUUGCUGGAAAUCCAGAGAGCAGGGAAGUCUGCCUGGACACGUUUCAAACUGGAAAUGGAGCAAGCACAAAUGGCCUCAGUGCUGCAUAUGAACACGGCCACAAUGCUUGAGCAGCUUUUUGAAAACAAAGAUCUGAUACAGUCGCUGAAGGAUGCCAGAUAUGACCUUGUCCUUGCUGACCCUGCUAUACCAGGGGGGGUCCUGCUGGCCCACUACCUUAAGCUGCCCCUCGUUUUCAAUGUCAGAUGGACAAGUCAAGGUGAAGGCCACUUUUCAAUCGCACCCACUCCUCUCUCUUAUGUUCCAUUGACAGGGACUGUGCUUUCAGAUAAAAUGAACUUUCUUGAAAGGGUUCUUAACGUAAUCGUUUUUGGUUUCACAGAAUAUCAAAUUGCAUUCUAUGUUCUACCAUAUUAUGUUGACCUGAUUGAUAAAUAUUUAGGUCCAGACGCAGACUUUUUAUCUCUAUUUCAAGCUGCAGACAUUUGGCUGAUGAGAGUGGACUUUGUGUUUGAGUUCCCUCGUCCCACCAUGCCUAAUNGGCAUCUCAUCUUGGGAUUUCCUCCGCUCAGAGCCUGA